UGCCUGUGGACAAAGAUACCAUCUCACCUCAGCAGAGAUUUUCCACCAUUGACAUCCUUCUGAUUUUUUUUUUUCCUUUCACUUUCAACAGUCUGCAGUUUGAUGAAAUAUUUUCUUGAGUUGUGCGCUUAAUGGUGGAAAUGAGUUUUAAAGCUGCAGCUCUGUGGCUGCUGCUGCAGCAGAUGCUGCUCACCGUCGCAGGUCAGGGUAUUGUCUAUGACCUACUGGUGUCGCCAGACUGCCUGCCAGACCUGCUCCAAGGAAGCCUGAAGAACAAAGGCAGGGAUGAAGCUUUCCUCCUCUCGUCCUUCAGGCUCCGAAACAAGGCUCCAACCUCUCUCUUCAGUGUGCUCAACCCCAAAGACAACUCUAAGUACCUGGAGUUCAACGUUCAAGCCAAAAUGAACAAAUUAACGCUUCGUUACAAGAAAACUGAUGGCAGGUUUGGGACCACCAGUUUUAACCAAGGCUCCCUGGCAGAUGGACAGGAGCACCACGUCAUGAUGCAUGCCAGCGGCCUCCAGCGUGGCCCACCUCGUCUCAACAUCUACUUUGACUGCAGACUGGUUCAUACUCUGAAUGACCUGCCGGCUGCAUUUGGGUCGCUUCCAUCUGGGACAAACAUGGUGGCACUAAGGACCCUGCAGUCAAAUGAACAUGACGAACUUACAGAUCUGAAGCUGGUUAUUGAGGACAGCAUCGACAAUGUGGCCACCCUGCAGGACUGUAGCAAGGAACCAGCUGAGUCUCUGCACCUGCUGGAGUUCCAAGGAGGCAGGGUGGUGCAAGAUCAGACCUCCACGGAGGAGCUAAAGAGCAUGUUGUCAGAGAUGAGGGAGCUGCUGCUCAAGCAGAUCAAGGAAACAAACUUUCUGAGGAACACUAUUGCUGAGUGUCUGGCUUGUGGACUAGUAGGAAGCCCCACUAACCCUGUUCCAGGUCCGAGUCCCGGGAAGGUGCUGAUGCCUUCCAAUUUGAUUCAGUGCCCAGUGGGGACCUGUUUCAGACAGGACAUGUGUAUCCCCUCAGAGUCAGGGGGAUACAGAUGUGCCGCCUGUCCAGAUGGAUACACUGGAGAUGGGGUUAGCUGUGACGACGUAGAUGAGUGCACCUUUAAUCCAUGUUUUCCUGGUGUCCUGUGCGUAAACACUGCUCCCGGCUUCCGCUGUGAGAAAUGCCCUCUGGGAUACAUCGGACCAGAGCUAAAUGGUGUCGGCGUGUCUUAUGCCAAAUCAAAUAAACAAGUGUGUGAAGACUUUGAUGAGUGUCUGGGCCCACCUGAGAAUGGAGGUUGCACCCCCAACUCACACUGUUACAACACUAUUGGUUCCUUCCGGUGUGGAGAGUGUAAGGCUGGUUUCACUGGUGACCAGUUAACAGGCUGUCAUGGAACCAGACUUUGCCCCAAUGGUCAACCGAACCCUUGUGACAUCAAUGGCGAGUGCAUUGUGGAGAGAGAUGGAAGCAUUAGCUGUGUGUGUGGCGUUGGUUGGGCUGGCAAUGGUUAUGUGUGUGGAAAAGAUACUGAUAUUGACGCUUAUCCAGACGAUAAGCUGCUCUGCAGAGACAACAACUGUAACAAGGACAACUGUGUGUUUGUGCCCAACUCUGGCCAAGAAGACGCAGACAGGGACGGGUCUGGUGAUGCCUGCGAUGAUGAUGCGGAUAAUGACGGCAUCAUUAAUGCAGAUGAUAACUGCUGGCUGGUCCCAAAUGUUGACCAGAAGAACAGUGAUAAAGAUUCCCAUGGUGAUGCUUGUGACAACUGCAGACUAAUUAAUAAUCCCUUACAGAGGGACACUGACAAGGACGGGCUGGGAGAUGAAUGUGAUGAUGAUAUGGACGGAGAUGGUUUGAAAAACAUUCUUGAUAACUGCCAGCGAGUCCCCAACCCAGACCAGACAGACAGAGACAAUGAUGGCGUAGGGGACGCCUGUGACAGCUGUCCUGACAUGGUCAACCCCAAUCAGUCGGACUCAGACGAUGACCUCGUCGGAGACACCUGUGAUGACAACAUAGACAGUGAUGGUGAUGGUCACCAGAACACGAAGGACAAUUGUCCCACUGUCAUCAACUCCUCUCAGCUGGACACGGACAAGGAUGGAAUGGGAGAUGAAUGUGACGAUGACGAUGAUAACGAUGGAAUACUAGAUGGUGAUGAUAACUGCAGACUGGUUCCCAAUCCAGACCAAAAGGACUCAGACAUGGACAAAGUCGGCGAUGCCUGCGAAGGAGACUUUGACAAGGACAACGUGAUUGACAUCAUCGACCACUGCCCAGAAAACGCAGAGGUCACGCUGACCGACUUCAGAGCCUACCAGACUGUGGUUCUGGACCCAGAGGGAGACUCACAGAUAGACCCCAACUGGGUGGUACUCAACCAGGGUAUGGAGAUAGUACAGACCAUGAACUCUGAUCCUGGUCUUGCUGUUGGCUAUACAGCUUUCAGCGGAGUUGACUUUGAGGGAACCUUCCACGUGAACACAGUGACUGACGAUGAUUACGCUGGUUUCAUUUUCGGCUAUCAGGACUCAUCCUCCUUCUACGUGGUGAUGUGGAAACAGACUGAACAGACCUACUGGCAGGCCGCGCCAUUCCGAGCUGUCGCCGAGCCGGGAAUACAACUCAAGGUGGUGAAAUCUAAGACAGGUCCUGGUGAGUACAUGAGGAACUCACUGUGGCACACAGGAAACACAACAGACCAGGUACGCCUUCUGUGGAAGGACCCCAGGAACGUUGGCUGGAAGGACAAGGUUUCCUACCGCUGGUUCCUUCAGCACAGACCGCAGGUCGGAUACAUCAGAGCUCGCUUCUACGAGGGUUCCAAACUGGUGGCAGACACUGGGGCGAUUAUCGACACCAGUAUGAGAGGUGGGAGACUCGGUGUGUUCUGCUUUUCUCAGGAGAACAUCAUCUGGUCCAAUCUUAAGUACCGCUGCAAUGACACCAUACCUUCUGAUUACGAAGAGCUGGAAAGAGUCGACUGAAGGGGGAAGAUUACAGAUUACUGAGAUGGUGGUGGUGGUGGGGGGGUAGCACAAAGAAAGAAGAUGCUGAGCUGCACGGCUGAAGCAAAAAUGUUUAUUGGUCAGAAGAAAUGGGACUAUAUUCAGUGAUAGUGUUUAGUGGAGUUGAACAUUGGACAUUAUAUCAUUUAAAAAUUCAAUAAGCAAAUAAUCAGUUUCUUUUAAUGUCUAUGCAAUAUAUUAUUUUCAGUUUAUCAGUGCUGCACAAAAAGUAAUCUGCUUGAUCUAGCAAAUCCUCUCCAUUAACCUCCCGAUUGAUAAGUACUACUAAGGUGAACAUUUACAUUACAGUCAUUGUUAUGCAUUUUAAGGUUAAAGUAAAAAGUAUGUGGAUCAGCUCUCACUAGUGUUUGAUUAAAUGCUCUUUUGAAAACCACACGUUAGCCACAUGCUUUUGAAGCCACCGAAAAGCUUCUGUUAGGAAACUGAGCUAUCUUAUUACAUCUGAUAGAUCUUAUUCAAAUUAUUGCAUCUCCUCUGAAAUACUUGGACUGCAUGUGCUCUAUAGUAUUGUAAGCAUUUUUAAAGUCUACAGCAACAGAACCUAAUUUUUCAGCCUGUUUCAUAAAAAUGUAUUGAUGUGUUUGUCAAUCAUUACCAGAGCCACCAGUGUUCAAGUAUCCACCAUCUAGCUGUUGAUCUGACGGGAAGUUGGGAAAUUUGGAGGGAGCCCUACUUUUUCAUCACCAUGCCGCCACAUCCAUUGGUUCCAAACAUCCUACCUGGUUUCCUUUAACCUGAAGGGGGUAUCUUUAAAUGUGGGUAGCAGCUGGAAGAUGAAAACUAGGUUUGGGAUUAACUUAACAGGCUUGUAGGAUAACCUUUCAAAAUCUUUAAUAUCAGCCAUGUAAAAAAAAAAGAAGUACUCUUUAAAAUCCAGGCAUUCAGUCAGUAUAAAUAAACCCCAUUAACUCUGAUAGGAUUUAGCUGAUGUGACAUAAACUACAAGCUUAUGGUUUCUCAGCAUCUUUAUUAGGAACACAUGACUAAAAUGUUUCACUUCUAAUCUUUCUUUAAUCUGUGUGCUGCAUAAAUGUGAGUAGCAUGACUAACGGUAUAGGAACAGUAUAUGUACGUUUUUCCUUGGAACUAUACACAGAAGAAGACAUCAGUUGGCGCUUUAUGAAUGUUUUAUUGAAAGACAGGAGAUUCAUGUCAUCUAUAUCUUUGUAUUUCAAACAAAUUUUGGUCAAAUUACUGUUGGUAAUAA